AUGAUCUCGUCCACUGUGGUUGUUGUGACCUCGUUGGGAGUUCGGGCACAGAAACGGAAAAGUGGCAAGAAAGGGGGCGCGCUGGUGCGCGUCCCCGAGCUCGGAGGAGCGAUGCUGGGCGGACGGCCCCGCGCUGAUUUCGCGCAGGGCCCACCGCGCCGGCGCCAGGCAAGCAGUCAGUGCCAAGGGGGCCAAAGGGUCCUGGCGCUCGCGUGGGGGGCCGGAGGCGACCGUGCGCGUGGCGGCGAUCAGCCUGACUUGAAGAGUAGGAUGGCGACCUGGCCCAGGCGUCUUCGAUAA